UUGUAAUUGUUUUAUUUUGGUUUACUUAUCAUCUCUUAUCUGAUAUUUAGCAUUAUCUUGGAAAAUGAUAAGACAAAAUCAUUCAGUGCGUAAAAUUUAAGUGUUGAACAAAUUUAUUCAUUCAAUGUAAUAGUUCUUAAAUUAGAAAAUCAAUUUUUUUUUGUGCUUUAAAUAAAAAAUGUCUAUUUUUAAGCGACUUCAUUUAGAUGAAGUGAUAACAUCAAUUCCCGAAUUAGGUCCAACAAUUCCAGAUGGUGGAAAUUCGUGGCUCGUUCUUUUUGGAAUUAUGAUUGUUCAAAUGACAGUGCCAAGUGUAUUGUCGAUGUAUGGAAUUGUUUUAGCUCAUUUGGUGGAAAAUAAUAGAAAAUUUGAUUUCGAUGUGUGGAGUGAAAAAAUUAUAGUGACACCAAUUUUGAUGACAGCUUGUUGUUGUUUAGCUGAUCCCUGGACGAGAACAAUUGUGAGUUUGGCUUCAGUUCCAAGGCUAAUAGCUUUGAUUGGAAUUGCUCUUUUAUCGAUAGGAAUUUUAGCUUCAGGAUAUCUUGCCACUGGAGGUGUUGGUGCAUAUUUGGCGAGUUUAAGUGCAGGUGCAAUAAUGGGAAUUGGUGCAAGUUUUAUAAUGAUACAGAGUGAAAAAAUUCUUCAAAAACACUUUAGAAUAAAAUUACCCAUUGCAUCGACAUUUAUAAACAUUGCUUUCACCACGGGACUUAUUCUUGCACCCCUUGUUGCUUUAGCAUUAUUCACGAGAUUAGGCAUUCAAGCUGGUCUCAUGGCUAUGGUUUUAUUCUUUUUUCCAACACUCAUCGCCAUUGGAUUUUUAAAAGUACCAGGCAAAAAAGUAUAUUCGCCGUACACGCGUCUUUUUAAUGAUGAAGAAGAAGCUGGACCUUCAUUUAGAAUGGUGGAGGAAUUAAGGGAUAAUUUUCCAGUGGAUAGUAAUAAAAAUACAGAAACUCCUAAUGGAAUAUUUGCAGAAGGUGGCACUGCUUAUAGUUAUGAUGAUUCUGAGGAUAUUAAUCUUUUUGUUUCAUCGAGUAAUAAUAUUCGACCCAAGUGGAAAGAGAAUUUACAAAUUUUCAAAAUGAUAAAAUUUUGGAUAUCAAUGAUUGCCUUUGCUGGAGUAAAAUCGGGAACAAUGCUUUUUUGGAUACUUUUACCACCAUUGGCUCUUAUGAAAAUUUCAUCGGCAAAUCUUUUUACUGCUGUGAUACUUUCUAUAAUUGGCGGAUCUGGCACUCUUGUUUCCAGCAUUAUUUCUUAUUGGAAUCCAAAUAAUGCAAGAAAUUUAAUAUUUGGAUUUUCUAAUUGGAUUUGCAGUUUUGUUCUUUUAGGACUUACUUUCGGUGAAAAUUAUUCUUUAUUCGUUCUCUUGGCACUUUUUGGAGGAAUCAGUAUUGGAGGCUUAGUGAGCAGUCAAGAAUUUGCAUUUCAAAAUACCUUGGGUACCCAUAUUGCUUCAAAAGCAUGUGCUAUACUUAAUACGUGUAUUGGAACGAUAAUUUUACUUCUUUGUUUAAUUCAAGAUAUGUAUUUGUGUUUGAGAAUUGUUGCAGUAAUUCAAUUAAUAAGUGGAACAUAUUGGGUUCUAUCUCCACUUUUUGCUGCAAUAAAAAAAAGAUGCAGGUGAUUAAAUAGAGUCGCAAAAAAUUAAAAAGCAAUAAUUUUAAUUAUAUUGUAAUAAACCAUGACUAAUAUUUUGCUUAUUUAGGAAUAGAAAAAUCUUCAUAACAAAAUAAAAUUUUCAAAUUUUUAAAAAAAUUUAACAAAAAGUAUUAUUAAAUACUUUAGUCAUUAAUUUUAAGUUUUGUAAAUAUUUUAUAUAUAUUUUGAACGAUAAACAGACCUUAUUAAUUAAUUGAUUGCUAUGAAAAUUAUAAUGUAAUAUAA